AUGUUUCUCAGAAGACUGUCAACGGCCAUUACCGAGGCCGAAAAAUCACACUUCAACAGCCUCGCCGCGUCCUGGUGGGACACCACCGGCCCGCAGCGCAUCCUGCACAAGAUGAACCUCGUCCGCAUGGACUUCAUUAACGAGACUCUGCGCAGUCAUAUCAAAAUCAAUGCCGGCGUGCCGGACGAACAGAAAACGUUUGUGCCUGGCUGGAACCACCACAACGUGCUGCCGAGCCCUGUGGCGCAGUCCAUACAGACCGAAAUCGAUAGACGCAUCGCGCAGGAGCUCCGCCAGCUGCGGCUUUCGUGCCUCGACAUCGGCUGCGGCGGCGGCAUCUUGUCCGAAUCGCUUGCCCGGUUGCCCAUGGUGGCGUCCGUGCGAGGCAUUGACCUCAGCCCGGAGGUCAUCCGCGUCGCCAACCAGCACAAGACGCUCGACCCGGCGAUUACAGACAAAAUCGACUAUCAACUAAAAUCAAUAGAACAGCUCGACAAAGAUGAUCAAUACGACGUCGUCACCAUGAUGGAAAUGCUCGAACACGUCGAAUAUCCCGCGCUCGUGCUGGAGACGGCAAUGCAGCACGUCAAAAAGGACGGUUUUCUGUUUCUAUCCACCAUCAAUAGAGACCUCGUCUCGUGGCUCACGACGAUCGUCUUUGGCGAGUACGUGCUGCGAAUUGUACCUGUCGGAACGCACACUUACUCCAAGUACAUCGACCGGCGCGAAAUCGCCGAGUUUGUGGACGGAACACAGUUCCGUGUGGUCGACGCUAGAGGAUGCACCUAUCUCCCGCUCCAGGGCUGGGUGUUCACCAGCUUGCCCGACACGGGCAACUAUUUGAUGGCGUUGCAGCGCACCGAAUAGCUGUAUAUACUCGAAUCACUGCACCAACUCGCCCUCCUUAACCGUCUCCUCCUGCUCGGGCUGGAUGGGCUCGUCCACAAACGUAGGCAUCUCCAGGUACGCAGGGGUCUCAUCCUCGGCGACUUCGUCGCCCAGAGCCUCAAGUUCUGCAUCGAGCUCGCUCUCCGAGAUGUCGUCCGGCACAUCGUAGCUGCGGGCAAGCGAGUCCUGCAGCUCGUUGCUUUGGUCUAUCAGGUCGAGCAUUUCGUCCUGCAGCGCCUCGAUCUUGUCGAUGUCGAUCUUGCCGUAUGUGCGCUUGAGCUCCUUGUUGCUGCUCUUGAGGGCGUCCACAGUGAUCAUGGUGUUUUUCAGGUUCUCGGUCGUCAUCUGCGCCUGCGAGAUAUUCCAGCUCUGCGCGUCGAGCUGGUCUUUCUGCGCUUCCAGCUGCUUGCGCUGUUUCAGCACCUUGAGUGCUCGCUGCUUGAUGGCCGCCUUGCCCGGCCCGUCGCGCAUCUUGGCCAUUUUCUGCUGGUACGUCGCGAGCUCGGUGUUCAGUUUGGAGAUCUUCACGUCCAGCGACGCGGCGCGCUCGUCGAUGCUGCUGAUUGCGUCGCCCAGCGUCGCCUUGGGCAAAUUGUUACGGGUUCCAAAUAGUCUAUUCAUUAUUUUUAAUAGAUUUUUUUCUCAUCCAUGUACUCCAAAAGAUGCUUGAUACAGAUAAUUUUCAGUCCAUGCUCCUGGGCAAAUUUCGUGCACUCGGGCAACCGCAUCAUCAGGCCGUCGUCCGCAUUGACGAGCUCGCAGAUGGCGCCAGCCGGCUGCAUACCGCUCAGAACACACAGUUGCACAGCAGCCUCGGUGUGGCCGACUCGUUCUCUGAGCAGACCCGGCCGGGCACGCAGCGGGCAGAUGUGCCCAGGACGCAGAAAAUCCGCCGGUUUCGAGUCCGGGUUCGCCAACUGCCGCACAGUCAACGCCCUGUCGUGGGCACUGAUCCCCGUCGUCGUGCCCUCGCCGUAAUCCACAGUAAUAGUGUAGGCCGUGCCAUGACGGUCCGUGUUGUGCGGCACCAUAGGCUGAAGAUCAAGGGCGUCGGCACGCUCCGCGCUCAGGGGCACGCACACAAAGCCCGACGAGUGCCUGACCAGAAAGGCCAUUUUUUCCUGAGUCACCUUCUCUGCAGCGAUGAUUAGGUCUCCUUCGUUCUCACGGUCCUCGUCGUCCAUCACAACAAGAAAUUCACCCUUCUUGUACGCCUCGAGCGCGUCCUCAAUAGUGUUGAAAGUCAUUUUAUGAAAAUGCUAAAUUUGAAAGGCCCAGUAAUUAUGGAGAGGCU